AUGUCGGCUCAGAAAGUUCUGGUUUGUUUGGCAAUAAUUGCCGUUGCGAUUUUCGCUACGAAUGUAGACUCGUUCGGUCAACCGGGUUACGCCAAUAAUUCAACAAACAAAUCUCACAACUUGUCCAUUGGAUACCGAAUGCCUGGAGAUAAGCUUGUUCUGAGACAAAACGUAGUCAAGACUUCGUCUUGGAUGCAGAUCGUUACCGAACAGAAGACCUUCAACACUUCGCAAUUCUACCGCAUUACCUUGGUUAAUGCUCUGGACCAGAAAACCAACGGCAACGGUGCAUACGCCAGCCUUACAUCCGGUGGUCCAGGAUACAAUAGUGCCACGCUCAGAUUCAAGAGUCAACGGGGACACGGAAUCAACUUCGUUGUUGAAGUGUACGCACGAUCUUAA